AUGGGGGGGGACAGCUGUAUGACUCGUGUGGCUGCCGGUGUCGCCGUCGGUGGUGCUGUUGGGGGCGCUGUCGGUGCUGUCUAUGGGACAUAUGAGGCUAUUAGGUACAAGGUCCCGGGACUGCUGAAGAUUAGAUAUAUUGGACAAACAACACUUGGUAGCGCAGCUAUUUUCGGUCUCUUCCUGGGUGCUGGAAGCUUAAUACAUUGUGGGAAGUCCUAUUAAGCUCUUUUCACUCCUCUCUUUUUGGUGUACUAAAAUAAAUUACAUUCUGUUUAAUUAACAAAUUUCUGGUUUCCUUCUUCAAUGUCACAUUGCGUAUAAAGAUGAUGAGUCUGGUUGACCAGUUGUUGCUUAAGUGUGGUAUGUUGUUUUGUUGGGUCAUGGAGUAGUUUCAUAUCUAUCAAUUUUAUUGCCUUCUAAUUUUAUAGUUUUGGACUUAUACAGUAAUUUCCUUGAAGCUUGAGCCCCCUUUUUUUUUUUU